GUACUGUAUUUUAGCUUACUGUUAAAUGUUAGCUAAAGUGAGGCUAAUGUAGCCUACAAGUUUCUAAGCUCUUACUACAUUUUGAGGUUAUUGAAGUACGAGUAACAUUUUGAUUUCUUUUACAUUUUGAGGAUAAUUCAAACUUGAGGUUUGAGGUGAUUUAAUUUUAUUCAAUAAGUGAGUAUUUGUUGAAUACUUUUCUUCAUUUAUACAUAUUGUGUAUUAUUUGUUAUUUUAUUUUUUGUUUAUUGUGAGAAUUCAUUCUUUUGGUGAAUUUAAUAUUUUAUUUAUUCAGUAAACCCUAUUUUUAUUUAAUAUUUUAAUAACUGAGUCCUGAGUAUUUUUUUUUAGUGAAAGAUAUCAUUAGGUAAUGGAUUUAAUAUGUAAAUAAUAUUUCAUGUGAAUAUAGUUUAAGUCAUUUACACAAAAGUAAGUACACAGGGUUGUGGUUUAAAAGUGUAUUAGUUAUUCAAAGCACAUGUAAAGUUACACAAACAGACAGUUAAACAGGUUGUCAGCAAAGAUUCUAUAUAUUACAUACAUUUUACUGGGAUUAAGUUAAGAACCCAGGAACGCCCUUUAGUACCAGGAGAUAGGCCUAGGGGGCGCUACACAAAUUGGAGGCACCGCUGGGAUCCUUUGCUGUAACUUCCUUCCUGUUAACGUUGCUGAUGCUCCAGAGAGUGCUAAUUUGAACUUACAUUGCUCUCUUUGAUCUGGAUAAAAAAAAUGGAAUUAGGAAACAGUUCUGCUUUGCAACAAGAGCUGCUGGAUUGGUGUAACGAUGCAUUGGUUCAGCCCGAUCAUGCAUUACUGUUGUUGGAUGUUCCAGCUAAUGCUGCCAUAGCCUUUAUUGAGAGCACAAUUGAAACUGUGAAAAUAUUUGGCAGAGUACGUGUACGUUCUUCGAAAGAAGGUCCGUCUAAAACAAGUUUGCUGGUGCUGUGUGAAUGUCGUGAAAAGAUUGAUCCUUCUCGAGUCCCUACUGAGGUAUUACCUAGGGAUGGAGAUCCUCCAUGGAAGAUUGUGGUUGUCAGAGACAAAGAGUCAGGUCCUGAUGAUUUUUCAGCAAAGCUCAGAAAACUUCUACAAGAUGAAGGCAAAUCCAUGACUGAUGUUCAAGCUUUGUUUUCCCCUUUUCCCACUAGUUCUCCUGAAGCAGUGAUUCGUGCAGUUGGUGAGCUCCUGGAAAAGACAACUAAGCAUUCUAGUGAUUCCACUGCUUACAAGCGACUGCGUGUUUUCUCAGGGGUGGUGCCUACCCCGGCGGGAGAGGAAACUAUGGAGAAUUGGAUAGAGCAAGCUAAGUUGAUGAUAGCAGAAAGUGAUUGCGCUGAAAAAGAGAAGCGUAAGCGCAUUGUGGAAAACUUAAAGGGUCCUGCCCUUGAGAUUAUCAAGGCAGUUAGAUUGUCUAAUGGUGAUGCUAGUGCAUCUGAGUACCUUGUUGCCCUUGAAAGUGUUUUUGGGACUUCAGAAUCCGGUGAAGAUUUGUAUUUUGCGUUCAGACUUCUUCGCCAGAACUCCGGUGAAGCACUGUCUGAGUUUCUCCGUCGAAUGGAGAAGUCAUUGACCAAAGUAGUUCAGAGAGGUGGACUACAACCUGCACAAGUUGACCGGGUGAGAAUUGAGCAACUUCUUCGUGGUGCUGUUGAGUCCGACUUGAUGUUGCUGAAGUUACGGCUGAGAGAGAGAAAAGAGUCCCCGCCUACUUUCUUGAAACUUCUGAACGAGAUUCGGGAGGAGGAGGAAAAUGAAGCCGCACGGUGUAAGCUUGAUGCAACAGUGAAACCGGUGAUCCCAAAAGCGCAGCCACCACCAAAACCCACUGAGAUUCAAGCAUUGAAAGCUGAGGUCAAGGAGCUGCGUGCCAAGCUGGAAGAGUCACGCAAGGCACCAGAAUCACCUGAAGCCCCAAAACAGAAAGAAAAGAUGACUUCUGAGAGUGCUGAAGCACGAAUAGACCCUGAAGUACAGAGCUUGAAGACUCAAGUCCAGCAACUGCAAAAACAGCUGUCUGUAAUGAAAGUAGAGGGCAGUGCAACCCCGAAAAGAACGACAUUUCAGCGGCAAGCUGUGAGCUCUUAUGAGAGAAACAGGCCCUCAGUCAGCCGUGAUGAUUUCUUUUGUUACCGAUGUGGUGGCGAUGGGCACAUUGCCAGCCAGUGUCAAGAAUCAGAAAACCCCCCGGAAGUGAUCAGAAAGCUGCUCCGUGCACUAAAGAGAGCCAAGGGUGGGAAGAGUGAGUCGAUUCCACAUCCGACUGUGAGCAGAGAUGCACACUGCAAGAAGAGCCAUGUUCGUAAACCUGCUCAAAGUAACCUUCCUAGUGGUUUGGUAGGUCCCGCCUCCACUAUUUGUGUUAAGAUCAAUGGCCAUUCAUGUAAUGCCUUAUUGGACAGUGGAUCUCAAGUCACAAUAAUAUUUGACAAGUGGCAAAAGAAAUACUUGCCCAAUGUUCCCAUCCACCCCAUCACUGGUCUUUCAAUAUGGGGUUUGAGCUCCUCCAGCUACCCAUAUCAAGGCUACAUAGUAGUAGAUGUGGAGUUUCCAGCCACACUUACAGGAGUGAGUGAGUCUAUCUCUGUGUUAGCAUUAGUUUGUCCCGAGUCAAGUGGCCCAGACCAUGUUCCUGUCAUCAUUGGGACGAAUGCCAACUUAUUCCAUCGUUUAGCUGCUCUUUGCAAAGAUGCUGACAUUCCAGACUCACAGGCUCACGCUUUCAGGAUUUUGCCACAGACAAAACCAGUGAAACUCUCCCAAAGCCAAGAGGUGGAUGUGGAAGAGCCGAAGGGGGAAGUAAAAUGGAUGGGUCCGGGUCCUCUAUCUGUCCCUGCCAGAGGUGAACGAUAUGUCGUCUGCAAAGUUGGAUGCAAGGAGCCCUUAGAAAAAGACAUAGUCAUGGUUGAAACACCUCUUUCUGUGACCCUACCUGCUGGAGUGCUCAUUCAGCCGGUGGUGCUAACAUCAUCUGAGCUAAAUGUCAACAGUUUCGAAGUACUGCUGAGAAAUGAGACAUUGAGAGAAGUCACUAUGUUGCCUGGAACUGUUCUUGCUCAUGUGUAUCCCACUGACACAGUUAUGAUGGCUCAGAGACCUAAAUCUACCUCCAAGGUCCUUGAUGAGACAUUGUUUGAUUUUGGUGAAUCUCCGAUUCCAGAGGUUUGGAGAAAAAGACUGCGUCAGAAACUGUCCCAAAGAGGUAAUGCAUUCUCUCUUGAUGAGUGGGAUGUGGGUCUCGCCAAGGGUGUGGAGCACCACAUAAGACUCAGUGACCCCAGACCAUUUAGAGAAAGAUCCAGACGCAUAGCCCCAGCGGAUAUAGAUGACAUACGCCGCCAUCUAAAAGAUCUGCUGGCAGCAGGCAUCAUCAAAGAAUCCAGAAGUCCUUAUGCGUCACCAAUAGUAAUUGUCCGAAAGAAGAACGGAAGUGUUCGCAUGUGCAUUGAUUAUCGCACCUUGAACAACAGAACAAUCCCUGACCAGUACACCACUCCGCGGAUUGACGAUGCCUUGGAUUGCCUGUCCGGCAGUCGUUGGUUUUCUGUGCUAGACCUUCGGAGUGGGUACUAUCAGAUACCUAUGGCUGAAGAAGACAGGGAAAAAACAGCUUUCAUAUGUCCCCUGGGGUUCUAUGAAUUUCAACGGAUGCCCCAAGGCAUAACUGGAGCCCCAGCAACCUUUCAACGGUUGAUGGAGAGAGCUGUGGGUGAUAUGCAUCUGCUCCAGGUGAUUGUCUAUUUAGAUGACAUCAUUGUAUUCGGACGAACCUUAGAGGAGCAUGAAGACAGACUACUGAAAGUGCUUGACAGACUUGAAGAGUGUGGUCUGAAGAUAUCACUUGACAAGUGCCAGUUUUGUCAGCCACAAGUAAGGUAUGUUGGGCAUAUAGUUUCUGCACUAGGAAUAGCCACCGAUCCUGAGAAAGUGAGUGCUGUCAAGAACUGGAAGUUGCCUACAGAUCUGAGAUCUUUAAGAUCGUUUCUCGGAUUCUGCGGAUACUACCGAAGGUUUGUUAAGAACUACUCGGCCAUAGUUCGACCACUCACUGAGCUCACAAAGGGCUAUCCUCCUAAAAACAGGCGCAAGGCUGCUCAAGAGAAGAAGCAUUAUUUCAAAGAGGGAGAGCCUUUUGGGGAGCGCUGGGACGAAGAGUGCACCAAGGCAUUUCAUAACAUCAUUCACUGCCUCACUCAUGCCCCAGUGCUAGCAUUUGCUGACCCAUCAAAACCAUAUGUACUCCAUGUAGAUGCAAGUCUGAAUGGUUUAGGCGCUGUUCUCAAUCAAGAAUAUCCUGAUGGUCUGAGGCCUGUUGCUUUUGCAAGCCGCAAACUCAGUGUCCCUGAGCAGCGAUAUCCUAUUCAUCAAUUGGAAUUUCUUGCAUUGAAAUGGGCAAUCGUGGACAAGUUUCAUGAUUAUCUUUAUGGGGCUAAGUUCACAGUGAGAACAGAUAAUAGCCCGCUCACAUACGUCCUAACAACGGCAAAGCUCAAUGGUGGCAAAACCUGGGAUGACACAUGGGAGCCUGCGAGUGAAUUCCAACACAUUGUGCCAAAGUCCCCACAUCCCAACCAGCUUUCAGCAUGACAACAUGGUCACCAUAGACACCUGGACUCAUCAAGCACCCUUCAAUGCAGUUUAUUUUUGAGUGUUUUUUCCUGCUGUUUGUUCUUCAGUAAAGUUUUUGCACAGUACCCAGUCUCUUUUAGUGUUUAGUCUCUUACAGUUGUCUUUUUACAGUUGUCUUCUUGCGAGAUCUUAAGUUUCUUGUCCGUGAGCAUAAGCUCAUAAAUACCAAAUAAUACUCCAAAAGCUACUAAAUUGUCACUCAAGUUUUGUAGUCAUAUUUGAAGUGUUUGAUUACAAUAAUAGAUAUGAAUUACUUUAUUAUUUAUAGUCAUAAUUGUAAUUGCCAAUUUAUUAUAAGUUUCUUGCAUUUAGUCUAGUUAUUUUUUUUUUU